AUGAGGACACUUGAGAAGAAAUUGUCCCUUGAAGGUGGUGAAGUUUUUGUGAGUAAGGGAUUUAAUAAUUGGAAAGAUAAAGCAAAAGUGAAAAAACAUGUUGGAGAUCAUUCUAGUACUCAUAACCAAUGUCAUGCCAAGUGUGUUGAUUUAAUAAACCAAAGGCAACACAUCGAUGUAGAUCUUGCUUGCAUGUCGAAAAAGGUCAAAUUGGACUAUUGCAUUAGAUUUCUUUUACAUCAAGGAUUGGCAUUUCAUGGUCAUGACGAGUCUGUUGAAUCUGAAAAUCAAGAAAUUGUGAGAGAUAAACAACCGUUCUCUUUACUAGUUGAUAAAUCUCGUGAUGUGGCAGUGAAAGAACAAAUGGCUAUUGUUUUUCGCUAUGUGGACAAAAUAGGUUGUAUUAUUGAACGUUUUAUCGGGGUUGUGCAUCUUAAGAAUACUUCUGCAAAGUCUUUGAAAAUUGUAAUAGAUACCUUUUUUGUAAAGCAUGGAUUGAGUUUGACAAGUUUACGGGGGCAAGGUUACGAUGGAGCAAGCAAUAUGAGAGAUGAGUUCAAUGGUUUGAAGACUUUGAUAUUGAGAGAAAAUAAAUUAGCUUUCUACAUUCAUUGUUUCUCUCAUCAACUCCAACUGGCGCUAGUCAAAGUUAUAAGUAACCAUUCGGCAUUGGGUGAAUUUUUUCAAUCUCUUUUUAUGUUAUCAAACACUAUAGUGGCAUCUUGUAAGCGCAGAGAUCUUCUACGUGAUAAACAAUAUGAAAACGUGAUAUCUUUGAUUUCUAAUGGUGAUCUUCAUAUGGGACAAGGUUUGAAUCAAGAAUGCACUAUUAAACAACCAGAAGAUACACGUUGGGGUUCACACAUAGGGACAAUUCAUAGUGUCAUAAAUUUAUUUUCUUCUGUUGUUGAUGUGCUUAGGGUGAUUAAGAUUGAAGGAUACGAUUCGCAAAACAAAAGUCAAGCAAGGAGUUUAUUACGAAUCAUGGAGAAUUUUGAAUUCGUCUUUUUGUUAUUCUUAAUGAAAAGAGUAUUAGGAAUCACAAAUGAACUGUCACAAGCAUUACAAAGAAAAGAUCAUGAUCUUCUUAAUGCCAUACAAUUUGUACAAGUUUCGAAGCGUCGAUUGCAUAAAAUGAGAAAUGAAGACACUUGCUUCGACAUAUUGUUAAAAGAAGCUCCUGAUAUGUGCAAAGAUACUGACAUACCAAUCUUGGAGAAUAUGGAAGAUAACUUUGGGAGGACAAAAUAG